AUGGCCUCCCAGCAAUCGCCGCCGCCGCCUGCUGCCACCACCGUAAUGGAUCUCGGAAACGAUCUCCUCCGCGAGAUCUUUCUCCGCCUCCCCUCCCUGCCGAGCCUCGUCCGUGCUGCCCUCAGCUGCCGUACCUUCCUCCACGCCGUCCGCUCGUCUCCUGCCUUCCGCCGCUCCUUCAGCGCCGCCCGCCCACCCCCUCUCCUCGGCCUCUUCUUCGACCCCGACGGCCCUGCCAUCCCAACCUUCACCCCCCUCCGCCGCCGCUACGACUCCGACCACACAGCUGCGGUCCGCGGCGCCGAUUUCUUCCUCACCUGCCUCCCCGACGAAGAUGACGCUUCUCCUGGGUGGGUCGUAAGAGACUGCCGCGACGGCUACGUGCUCCUCCACAACUUCAGCUCGGAGCAAUUCGCCGUCUACAACCCUCUCAAACGGGCCCUGGAUCUCAUCCCCCAUCCGCCCGACCAGCUCUUUGAUGAUAGCCACGGCGACGCCACCUACCUCGAAUCCCACAUCCUCUCCUCCUCCGAAGACACCGCCCAGCCGCUGCGCCUGGUCUACACCUGCCACGACGAAUCACGGGCGCGCGCCGCAGUCUUCUCAUCAGAUAUCCGGCAAUGGCAGAUCUUUCCGUGGUCAGAGCCCGUGGCGCCACAGCCCGAGGACCAGCACUGGCUUAAGGUUGGCACGAUGGUGAAUGGGUUCGUCUACUGGAUACACGCCAACGAAGCCUACAUCUUCGUGCUGAACACCGCCACUCUAGAGUUCUCUCAGAUGGAUCUGCCGCAGGCCUUGGUAGGCCGGGAUUUCAUGUUCAGGGUUGGCGAGAACAAGGAUGGGGAGCUCUGCAUUGUCUGCGCGCUCGAGUUUGAUCUUUUUGCUUGGGUCUGGAGAGCCGAUCUUGACGGCACCAAGAUGUGGGUAUUCGACAAGAGGUUCCCGCUGGAGACGAUCGUCGAGUUCACUGAUGGCACACUCGAGGAACAUGGUGAACUAAGGGUUGUGGCCAUUGUCGGUGGAUAUGUGUACUUCUCUACCAACGAGACUUUCGAAGAUCCUCUUUAUCCUUGUUGGUUCUUAUCUUUGUGCAUGGAGACAUUGGAGGUUGACACCAUCUUUCAGAAAAGAUUUGACAGCCAUAUCUAUCCCUACAUCAUGGCAUGGCCUCCUUCUUUGAUUGAGAGCAAUAAGGUGCACCAUCAACUCCAAGGUGUUUGAUGAAAUGUGGACAAGACAAAGUUAGAAAAUGGAGUCUUGAAGACAAACUAAAGGAUAGAGAAUCACUCAUGAACUGCAGGGGGCAAACGUGAGGUUAACUGGAAUCCUUUUGCA